AUGUCAAUAGAGAAUUGCUAUCAACAUGUUAAUAGGGAGAUAAGACUUAAGCAGCUCACAAAUUUUGGUAAGAAACGGGAGAGGGUCCACAAUAGGAGAGUCGAAUCGAUCAUUCAUUGUGUGCCGUCAGAAGCGAGACUCCUGGAAGAGAGAAUCGCUCAUGAGAAAUCGAAGAAAUGGGAAUUGAUAUGUCCGUUUACUGGUUACAAGGCUGGAGACGAAGACGACUGGUUAGGUAUACUGGAAGAAGCUAUCCGAAAGGUAACUUAUCUGGAUCAUUUGAACUUGGAUAUGGAGAUGGUCGAAGAUGCAGAUCCUUGUAUUGGUUUAUACAUACUAUAUAUGCACAUGACUUGUUAUAUAAUUCCAUUACUAUAUGGUAGACAGCGAUACAGUAUGCGAUGCCUGAGUACGGUGAGAUUACCGAAUGACAGAAGCCCAGAUGCUCCGGUUGCCAGUGCUGAGUGA